AUGAUAUGUCAACAAAACAGAACAAAAACGAUGGCCUCCGGAAUUUAUCGUAUAAACCACAAAUGCGACUUCCAAAACGUGUUAUAAUAAUACUAUUAUAGUCGAUAGUUACGAGAAGUGGACAAGAUGGCACAACGCACAGAUGGCAACAUUAUUUCUGAAAUAAUUAAGAAAACUUUAGAUGUCAACAAGUAUGCAACAAAAAAAACUAUUGCCCAAGGACUCCUAGAUGUUGCUUUAUUAACAGCAAAUGCAUCCCAGCUAAAAUACGUUCUGCAAGUUGGCGAAAAACACGAAUUUUAUGUAUUGAUGCUUUGUCUGAUAAUAAUAUCCAUCUUGUUACAGCUUGUAGUGGCUAUACUUUUUAUUAUAAUAGGAGGACUGAAUAUAAAUAAGCAGAGAGACUACAAAGCAGCCAUUAUUCUGAACGACAUAAUACUUAUGUUCAUUUUUAUAAUUUCGAUCAUUAAUAUUAUUAUUUCUGGUUUUGGUUUAGAAUACGCAAGUCAACCAUUAAUGCUUAUAGAAACCCCCGAAAAAAUUUCAGGUAGACUCAAUAGUUAAUAUUGUUUGGUGAAUAUUUUAUUUAGAUAACAAAAACUGAAGAAAUAUGUUCCUGUACUUCAUUAUCGAAUAUCGACAUAUAUGUUAAAUUAUUACAUUGAAAUAUAUUGAGGAACACAUGCGUAGAUUGAAGAUCUGAUUUCUACAAAGGAAAGUUUUACAACUUUUGUUGAAAAUAAUUCUGGGGACGAAAAAAUAUUUUUCAUCUUUUUAUCAUAGAGAAAAGACCGGAAAAUCUUCGAAACUAUAAAUAUUGCUAAAAUAAAUUAAACUCAAUUACUUCAUUUAGAGUCUCAAGAGUGAAAUCUUUAAAUACCUAACAAAUAUUUUAACACUACUAGAUAUUCAGUAGUUCAUCUUGAAAUUUCUUAAGCCCACAUCCAUCAUUUGCAAAUUAGGGUUAGCCCGAAAGCUCAAAUAAAUAAAAACCGGUGAAAUAGAAUAUAUAACAGCAAAUCAUUUUUCAUGUGUCUCUCAAGAAUAGGAUUUAUAGCACGAGCACAAAAGUUUCCAUUGAAAAUCAAUAAUUCGACUUCUUAUUACUUUUCACUUGAUACUUAUUACUGUAGUAGGAACAUAGUAAUCGUGACAUAACGGAAUGUAGGUACUCAUAUAACGCCUCAUUCAGAACAAGGGGCACCAAUCGAAUGAAGGGUCUUGUUCAUUCCUGCAAAAUGUUGGCUAACAUAAAUUCUUGCGAUUUACAACUUAUGACUGAGAGAUGCUUAAAUCCAUUUUUUUUAUCUCUUGCAAAGAUAUUUUUGGCACAUGACUAAUUGUUAUGUCGCGAUAAGAUAGAAUAUUUUACAACAAAGCCGCAAUGCAAUUAGACUGCAAAAUAUUGUGAAUCAAUCCACUGUAGAUGAAAAAGAAAUCGUGUGAGAGAAGUGUCGUGUUCAGUAUUGCCAGGUCUACCGUUUUUGCAGUAAAUCUCCUGCUUUGGAUCUCAAACUAUUGUUCUAAUUUUCAAAUUAUGAACACAAAUAAACGUAAUAUACAGGCAUAAUAAUAUAUACCUGCUACUUCUUAAUCAUUACUUUCGCCUUCAUAAAAAAAUAUCAGAUAGUUGCAAAGAGGGGUAAUACAAUGAAUCAUCAGAAUUUCCUAGACAUAUCUCAUUCUUCUAAUUUGGAAAAUCUACAAACUGAGAUAAAAUAAAUAAUCAAUUAAAUUUUUUACAUUUGUAUCCUCUAAUUUCAUUAUCCUUCUAUCUUUCAGCUAAUUGUCUUCAUUGAAAAAUCAGUAUUUGUAAAUUUCUCUCUUGAUUUACUACCAGUUUUAAUAAAAAAGGUGGCAAUAACGCUAUAAUCCUACUCAUUAAUAAAUGCAAUUCAAUAUCCGUCGUGGUAUAUAACAAAACAGUUAAUGUUUGAUAAUGAACGUCUACCAGAAACCUCCAGUAUAGGAGAGAAUGCUCAAAUUAGCGAAACAAUU